GUCGUUCGUCGCUUGAUUUCCGAACGACCAGCAUGCAGGCGUUGGCGCAUGAAUUGAACGGUACACGUCGAAACAACCCCCGAAAGGGCUCGACGCAAACUAAGGGGUUGCAGCUGUUUCAUGCAACGACGACUGUUUGUGCCGCCGCCGGCAUCAUCGACUCGUUUGAGAUUCGAAUUCAAAUCGGCAACCCGCAACGCGACGACGAGUCGUACAUGUGCGAACGGCUCCAAGUGGCGUCCUACUUGACUGUGUGCAACGUCAAAGUGCUCAUCUUCAAAGAGCUUGGCAUUCCCUAUGAAGAGCAAACAUUGUUCCACCGCACCGUUCUCCUCGAAGACAAUUUCGAAUUGGGGCAACUCGGAAUCCACAACGACUCGACGAUUUACGUCGUGCGCAAGAAGCGCUACCGUAGCAUUGGCGCAUCGCAAACGACCAUCACAACGAUCGUCCUCAGCACGUCGGCGGCGGACGGGUACAACCUCGUGGACAUGGCAGCCCCGUUGCCGCCCUUUCACAUGAUUGUCAAGCGCAUCGCGUUUGCCAUUUCGUACUUGCGACAACUCGAUCGCAUGCAACAGUCUCACUCGAGGCACAAGAUUUGGACGGGGGGUGCGCCACAUGAUGCGCAAAGCCCCCGCGGACACCGCCCGCAGCCACCUCCGUCCAAAAAACAAAGCGAAUUGGCCACUGCACUGGAUGCCCUUCGUGUGUCGCUGGCCGUGCCGUUCGAAAUGCGCACGCAAGCCGACAUUCGCGUCAUCAAAAAGUGGCUCGGAAGCAUCAAGUACUUUACCGACGCCCACGUACCUGAUUCGUCGCUCUUGGACGUAUCUCGACACAUAACAUGCGCUACGUAUAAGGCGGGGGAGUUUGUUUUCCGACAAGGGGACCCCGAAGAAGGGUUUUACGUGAUCAUUCAAGGCAGCCUCUCGAUCGCCGGUCAUGGCGAAGGGCUGUUUGCCACGAUGAAACGAGGCCAGUGCUUUGGGGAAGUAGGGUUGUUCAAGAAUUGCACGGGGCAGAGGUCGGCUAGUGCCAUCGUCAACUUUGACACUUCCGCAACCGAGUUGGCUUGCAUUUCUCGGGACGUUUACAUUCGCAGCAUUGGCAUGCACAAAGAAAACAUGCUCGUCGAGUAUGAACAAUUCUUGUCCGAGUGCCCACAGUUUGCCACGCUUCCCAAAGAAAGAAUGACAUUGCUGGCGUAUGCGGCGGACAGCAAGUACGUCGAUAGCGGCGACUUUUUACUGCGCAAUGGCUCCCAAAUCGACCACUUGUAUCUCCUCAUGCGGGGCGAAUUUCGAGUGACAGCGUCCACGGUGGUGUCGGUGCCGCGACCUAUCAUUGAAGAUGAUGACAACGACGACCUGGUCGACUGUGACCCCAUGAUCGAAAAACGAGCCACAGUCAUGACAUUGCGUUCACCCCCCACGCUCUUUGGCCACGAAGUCUGCUCCAAGCUCAAGAAUCCGCAAAGUCAGUACGACGUCGAAGCGACGAGUCCGUGCACAUUGCUUUCGUUUUCCAAGGCGACGUUGCAGCGAUUUGUCACCAACCACGAUACCGCCGUGCGCGAUAUUCUCAAGGACUUUGAGCUACGGAAUCAAGACAUGGCGCGCCGGCUGGAGCAGGUGGUGGCACAUGUGAUGGCCCAAGAACCGAAACCAGAUGUGGAGAUGGUCGCGUUAGACGCGUUCUUUGCACACACUCUGUCCAAGCAUGGCGACGCACGGUCCAUGUCGACGGUAUCGCAACCAUUUCCACGCCGUCUCACGUUUGUUCGACCGUCGCAGCCCCCGCCAACACACGCGCCCAUCCCCCCUUCCAGUCGGGGGGCUACCCCUCGCGGCCCCAAACCCAAGCACGAAAGUGGAUUCACCACGGCGUUUGCGGCCAUGUGCAAAAAUCAUUUCCACGAAACGCUGCCCCACGGUGACCUUCUCACGUACGAGCAACAAGUACACUACUCGUCCAAGCCCAGCUCCAGUUUGACCAGUGAAGAACAACUGACCAAGAUGAACUGUCUCAUUGACGGGCUACGCAGGAUCAAGCCUGUGGACGUCGUGUUGGUGGACGUGCUGCGCCACCCUACGGGCGACCAGUACUGCUUUAUGGCCGCCACAUAGCUGGCUUACAAUUGAAGACAAAGUAUGCAAGUAAGUGCAUUGUGUUUAGAUUGGUGGUACAUUUAACUACAGUAGGCAGCGUGCCCCGACAUGGUAGUUCGUACUAUUGUACUCGUAAGGUAUAAAAAAGCAUGUUUUUCGUUCAUUAAUCCAACUCCCCAACAGUCAACUACAGGAGGGAGGAGGCGUGUGACACAACGGCACUUUACUUGAACAUGACGAUCAACAAGUUGAUAAUGGGGCCGAAGAAGUACAUCAACAACAUGAGCAGGAGACAGCAGCAGCAGCACAUGACCCGGCGGCAGAUCUUGGGACCGAGCAGUUCGUUGAACACGUAGAAC